CGGGGCUGUGCAGCCAGAAGCUCGGGCUGUCAGUGCUGGUCCGGUCGGGUCGCUGAGUCCCUCUUGCCUCUGGUGCUAUGGCCCCCCCGCCGCAGCUGCAGGCUCUGCUCCAGGCCGUCAACGCCUUGCUGCGCCAACGCCGCUACCAUGCCGCCUUGGCCGUGGUUAAAGGCUUCCGAAACGGGGUUGUCUAUGGAGUGAAAAUCCGGGCUCCUCACGCACUGGUCAUGACACUUCUCUUCAAGAGUGGCAGCCUCCAGGAGAAGCUGAAGACCAUUCUGCAGUCCACCUAUACCCACUCCCGGAACCUGGCCUGCUUUGUGUGCGCCUAUAAGAGUCUGUGUGCUCUGCAGUCCCACGUGCAGGGCAAGACCUACCCAGUGCACUCCUUCCUCGCUGCCUUCUUGGGGGGCCUCCUGGUGUUUGGAGAAAACAAUAGCAUCAACAGCCAGAUCAACAUGUAUUUGACCUCACGAGUCCUGUUCGCCCUGUGCCGCCUGGCCGUGGAGAAGGGCUACAUUCCUGAGCUCAAAUGGAACGUGUUCUCAUUGCACACGGCGGUGAUCUGGGGCCUGGUGCUGUGGCUCUUUGAAUACCACCGGCCCACGCUGCAGCCUUCCCUGCAGUCCUCCAUGACCUACCUCUAUGAGGACAGCAACGUGUGGCACGACAUCUCAGACUUCCUCAUCUACAACAAGAGCCGCCCCUCUAAGUAACAGCAUCCCCAAGGUGCUGAUGGGAACUCCUCCACCUGAACAGCUUCCUGGCAGUAUCCAGCUGCUGCUCCAAGUCUGGUUCUAUCAGCAAACUCUCCCAGAGGAUCCUGCCACCUCACAGUCGUGGGCCUCUCACUCCAAUGUGUGUUUUAGCCCACAGGCCUGUGGGCUGGAGUCAAAACACUGAUUUUCACAUCCCAUAGGUACUUUUGAGUGGCGCAGCCAGUGGCUGGAUCACUGGAUCAGCCAGUGGCUGAGGACUCUUAGCCUUGGUUUCUAGCCUCGAUGCUGAGCUUUGGGAGGCUGGGGCCAGUCUCACCUUCCCUGGGCCAUGGGGCCCAUUAGCUUAAAGGAAGACCCUAGAGGAGGGUCUCUUUCUGGUGGGUACAAAUCGUUCUUCCCCUAUGCUUAGUAUCGGGGCUCCUUGCUGGUGGGCAGUGGGUUACACAUACUUUGUCUGUUUUUUAAAAUAUUGUUUCUUGUCUCCGAUACUUUAAUUGGACAAGUUCUAGAACUCCUCCACUGUUUCAUAGAAAUAAUGUGUGAAGCUGUUGGUUCUAUCCAGCCAGCACUGAGAAAGAAAAGAUUUAUUUUUAACAUUUAUUUUCUAGCAUCCA